GUUAACGUCACAUGUCAACAUGGCUGCUGCUGUCUCCAGCGAAGAUUUUAACAACUUGCAGCUUCUCUUGAAGGCUCCGUCCAAAGAUGUUGUCAGAGACGUUUGUGUUCAGAGUCACAAAGGUCCGAGUCGCCUGCUGACUGAGAGCACUGCAGCCACUCUCAGCAUCCCUGCUGCCCAGGCUGCACAGCUGAUCCAGUCCCUCCACGUUCUGUCCCAUCACGUCCUCUUCUACAACCUCAGCUCUCCAGAGCAGAUCCUCGCCGUGUUCCCCGAGUCCUUCCACUCGAGUCUGAAGAACCUCAUCACCAAGAUCCUGCUGGAGAACAGUCCAACAUGGCGGACAGAAGCUGUGAGCGAUCAGGUCUCCCUGCCUCAGCUGAAGGACCUGAACUGGAGAGUGGACCUGGUGACCAGCUCAGACUCAGUCAGCCGGAUGUCGGUGCCGACCUGCCUGGUUCAGCUCAAGAUGGAGGAUCCGUGUCCGUCAGCGGGCUCUGAGUCGGUUUCCGCGGUGACGGUGGAGCUGAGCAGGGAGUCUCUGGACACCAUACUGGACGGACUGGGACGCAUCAGAGACCAGCUGUCUGUGGUCGCCGGGAAGUGAGACUGAAGACGUGUUUUAUAGUCGGAUGCGUUUGGACCAACAGUUGUUUAUGAGGAUGGACCUCAGUCUUUACAGCACACUGUGGCUGUAAAUCACCAGAACCAGAACCAGAUGGCAGAUCGAUUUCUGAGACAUUUACUUUGUCUUGUGUGCCGCGUCCUGUCGUCCAUCUUUAUUUUCAGCCUCAGUGAAGCUGCCUCUUACUCAUAUUAUGUGCCACAAAGUAUUGAUCACUUCUUAUUGUGUCCUGGCUGUGACUCCAGGAGUUACGUAGGAAAUAAUCCAUGCGCUGAUUGUAAUUUUGAUAAUUGACAAAUAAACAUAUUUGUUUAUAAAAGCCUUAAAACUCAUUACAAAGGAGAGAAAAAUAUUCUGUUGUACCUGUCUGUGUCAUAGUAUUUACUGCACUUUUGUGUUUUUCUGUGGCUGCAGAUCAUCAGACCAAGAAAUUAGUGAUACCAAGCAACAUUUUGUAGACAUUUGUCACAAUUUUGAUCAUUUUAUGUUGAAUAAAUUGUCAAAAUUAAUUAAAUGUUGCAGAAACUGUGCUUUAAACUUAAGAUAUUUGUUAAAAAUGUUGCUUUUUCUUCUCUACUAACAUGAAAAUAAACUUAUAUUAUAAAACAAA